GGUUGCCCUGGGCUCGUCCAACACAGGUGAUAUCCACAUCAUGGGUACUACCAAGAUUUUCCUGCUCCUUCUCUCAGUGGCCCUGUUGGCCCUGAGCUCAGCUCAAGGAACACCCAAGGAAGCCCCAAGACAGCAACCUGCUGAACCUGAACCAGCCCCAAGGCAACAAACUAGGAAAAGUAAAGACGCAGAAGAGCCAGGCGACCCACCUGAAGGAGAACCAGGUCCACCACCUGAAGGAGAACCAGGCGAACCACCUGAAGGAGAACCAGGCGAACCACCUGAAGGAGAACCAGGCGAACCACCUGAAGGAGAACCAGGUGCACCACCUGAAGGUAAGUAAUAUGUCUAUCUCUAAACACUCCUUUCUUUCCCCGUUCCUUGAGGACCCUAGACCUUGUCUCUCAUUUGAAACCAUUUGGCACAUCCACUCUUAAAGUUCAGUACCAAGAAAGAGAGGGUAAUAAUGAACUAAGAGGGUGGUCAGCUUAAAAGGCUUUGUUUUCUCUUGCCAUUGCAUAG